CUCUCUCUCUCUCGCUCUCUCACUCACUCACUCACUCGCUCGCUCCCUCGCUCUCUCGCUCUCUCUCACUCUUUUUCAAGGCACUGCCCGUAAUUGACAAGCAGUGGAGCAAAAGCAGCGCGCAGUGUGACGUUACGUCGUUCGCUUUCCGUAACCUCAAAUUUUAAUGAACCACGCAAAGACGUAAAUGACAUCUUCCUUGUAGUGACACAACGUGCACUUAAAUUGCACACACUUUUCAUUGUAUAAAAGGAUAUUACGUGCGUAUACUCACUCACACACAUUUACGUUAAAAUAUUUUUCAAGUGGCCAAACAAUAUCCGUUGUGCGGUCUUCCUGUGUCGUUUGUUCUUCCGGAUGAAAGAGACGAAAGAGAAUUUAUUAGUACGUAUUCGUAAAUAUCUUUAAUUAUUGUUAAAGAUCUUUGACUUUUAUCCAUUUACACUCUUUCUCUCUCUCCUUCUCUCUCUGUUUGUCUCUCUGUUUCUCUCUCUCUCUCUCUCUCUCUCUAUUUUCUCUCUGUUCUCUCUUAUACGAUGUACUCUUAUCUUUAAUUCUAUAUAUACAUAUGUUAUGAACAAUAGGCAACUUCAUCAUACUCGAUCUUCCUCUGAAUUGAUAUAUUUAAAUAUCUGUGAAAUAGUCGUGCGACGACCCUAGCGUUUGUAAGAUUUGAAUAGAGAUUAAUUUUUGUAAUUUUAUUCUGUAUGCGCUUUGCUUUUGUCUAUGUAUGGGAGAUUUAUCAAUGAACACAUUGAACGGUCAUCCAAGAAGAAAAAAAAUGCUUUGUUUAAAUACGAACAUUGGCUUUUUUCAUUGGCUAUACAAAAUUUAAAUGAUAUCGAAUAAUAUCCUAAUUCAAUGAUUUCGUGAUUAUUAAACGAAGUAUAUUAUGCGGUAGAAUGAUUUACAAUUAAUAAUGAUGUCAUAUAAUAAUAGGUGUGUCUGAACGGUUUGAAGGUUAUGUACAUUGAUGAGAGAUUUUAAACGCAUUACGAGUUGAUAUAUGAUACGUUGGGAUACUUCCUUUUAUAUUUAAAUAUCGGUAUGAAGAUUUAUUUUUUUAUGUCAAGUUAUAAUUAUCGCGAUUGAUAAGGCGUUGAAGACUACGAUUUUUUGAGAUUGAUGAUAAGGCAAUCAACAUAUAUUUACAUCAACAUUUAUUGUUAAAAUCAACAUGGUUCUUAUGUUUGUGUGUAUAUAUAUAUAGAGAUAACAUUAGACUUUUCCAAUGGAUAAAAUUCUGCAAAUGGUUGCAGAAUAAAUUUGAAACUGGUAUAAUGAAUCAACUAAAGAAAUAUAGAUCUGUUUAUUAAAUUUUAUCUUUUAAUAAUUUCAAAAAUGCAGCAGUGCUGUGUAAGCCACCAAGUUCAAUUAUGGCUUUUACUAUUACUUCUUUGUGUCGCAUAUUGUGGUGCCGACAUUUUAGUGUUCUCAGCAGGUACCAGAUAUCAAGUAGAUGAUGAAUUUAGAGAUAUGCCAGCAAGAUUUGGUGGCUUUAUACCAUCUGAAGGGAUUAAGGGCAUGGUUGUUUAUGCUCAACCUCCUACUGCUUGUCAUGAAAUACAAGGCCCUCCGAAUGAUACGAGUUACGAAGGGAAUUGGAUAGCUUUAAUUGCUCGGUAUGAGUGUAAGUUUGAAAUUAAAGUACGAAUGGCACAAAAGGCUGGUUAUGAUGCUGCCAUUAUACAUAAUGUGAACAGCAAUGAGUUAGAGCCAAUGUCAGCCGAAGAUCCAAUAGGAAUACAAAUACCAUCUGUUUUUGUUAGUGAACUUACAGGAUUAAUUAUCAAAGAAAAUUACUUGUAUGAUCAAUUAUAUUUUGUAUUGAUUAACGACGAUUUACCAUUUAAUAUUAAUACACAUUUGCUUUUGCCAUUUGCAAUUGUUGUUGGAAUAUGUUUUUUAGUCAUGGUUAUUUUUAUGAUUGUCAGAUGUAUUAAAGACAGAAGAAGGCAACUCAGACAUAGAUUACCAAAUUCAAGUUUAAACAAAAUUCCAACUCAUAAAUACACGAAAGGUGAUCCUUAUGAAACAUGUGCUAUUUGUCUAGAUGAUUAUACGGAAGGGGAAAAAUUAAGAGUGUUGCCUUGUGCCCAUGCUUACCAUAGCAAAUGUAUUGAUCCUUGGUUGACAAAAAAUCGUAGAGUAUGUCCCGUCUGUAAACGAAAGGUUUUUGCAGCAGACGAGCAAGUUGUUACAGAUGAAAGUGAUUCGGAUGCUGAUGACUCAACCCCUUUGAUACGAGAUGGCUAUCAAGGUACUCAAGGAGGAACAUUCAUACGUCAGAGAGAAAAUCCUUUUAAUAGAUCUAGGAGAACGCAACAUAGGCAGGAUACGAAUAAUUCUAGUAGUGGUUCAGAUUCUGAGUCAUCUUCAACAUCAUCUGACGAUGAUGGUAGUAUAAGUACUGGGGAGCCUUCUGGUGGAAUAGUUUUCAUGGUUUCUGACUCACAUAGCAUUAAUGGCGAGUUGCAAGAUUUAGAACGAUCUGUAAGCAGUACAAGACCACAUACGGUUAACUUGUAUACGGAGACGCAAGAAUUUCCUGUUCCUGUGGUACAAAUCACACCAGCCCGAAAUACAAGGGUUUUAGUAAAUUCAGCAACUUUAAAUCCUGAUCAUCUUGCCAUAGCUGCAGACAAUAGAAGUGCAAGUACAACUUCUAUUGAUUUUGAAAAAAAUGAUGUUGCAGCAUAAUAAUAAUUAAUUGGAAAAUUAGAUCCACCAUCUUUGGUCAUGUUAAACAUCAUUGACAUGAGAUAGCAAGUUUGCUACAGGAUAUGGAAAAUAAUAAUUUGCUAAAGAUAUUUUUUGACAUGUUAUUUUACCUCAAGGGACUGUAACAUCAAAUAUAUUUUUCUGCAGAUUUUUUCUGUAUUCUGUUAUAAGAGGUGAUACACAAAUUGCUUGUACUGAUAUAUUUUUGCUUACAUUGAUAUAUAUCUAUCUUGUUAUAACUUAUAACUUAUUAUAUAUAAAAUCGAACUUUAUUAGAAUUUUUUAAUUAUGUUGUAGAAAUCAUCACGUGACAUUUAGUUUAAUUGGAAGGAUUAUUGAUUUCACAGAAUACCACUAAUUAAUUAAUUGUAAUCAGUUAAAAUAUUAGUAUUGGAUAUAUAUAGUAAUACUGAAAAUGUGAUAUAAGCUGAAUAUGAUAUAUCCUGUUAAUGUUAUGGUUUUGCAGUGAUUAGGAAAUAUGGGAACAUCGUUUUGUAUAGUACCUAUUACUUUAUAAUUAUUUAGAUCUAUUUAAACAUGCACAUGUGCAUUAUGAUUUUAAUUAAACUUUCCAUUUUACUGUACUUGCAGAAAGCUAAACAAAAGAGCAUCAUUUUUCUUGCUUUAUGCAUUAUAUGGUUUUAAGGGAUCUUUGAAUACUUGUAUUCAUUGCAUUAUUACGACUACGAAAAUGGACAAAAAAGAAUAAAUUAACGUAUAUAUUAGAAUAGUGUAUAUUUAGUAUUUCUAAAAGUAAAAUCAUUUUUAUAGAAGUUAUCAUAGAUAUAUAUAUAUAUAUGUACAUACAUAUAUAUAUACAUCAAAAAAUUCCAUUAAAACCAUCUAAAGUGGGCAAAACAUAUUUCUUAAAAUUCUUUUUUAUAAUCAAGCAAAAUAAACAUCAUACAUAUGUAUAUACAAGUUAAAGAACUAAAGAUUAAAGUACAUCUUUCUUUGGAUUGAUAAUGUAACAAAAACAUAAUUAAUUUUUUUUAUCUUAUUAUAAUAAAAUAUAUUAAUAUAGUAUUAUAACAUAUAAUAUAAUAUUAUACUCCGUGUACUUAUAUUUUUUACAUGACAUUUUAAUAUGUAUGAUGAAUUCGCAUUUUUUAUAUAAGUACAUAUAAUAUGCUCAUAAUCGUAGAGCAAUAUAUCGAGUCUUGAUUAAAGAGAAAAAAGUGAUUUUUAUUUGCUUUUUCUUCAAUCAAAAGAUAGGUGUAACUUGUACUAGUUCGAUAACGAAUCGGUGGUAUAUGAAAAAAAAUCAUAUGUCUCUUUUGUAUAAUUUUUAUUCAGGAAAACAGUACGCCCCCUCAGGAAUAUUGCAGAGUCUAAAUAGUUCAGACGGAAGUAUCAGAUUUUGCAGAGAUGUGUAUUAUCUUUUUGUAUAGUUAUCAAGGAAAAACCAGAACGUCUUCAAUGUACAAAUAGAUAUAUAUAUAUAUACAAUCAUUUAUCUAACAUUGUUCGACGAUCACUGGUGAUAUUGUAAAAUGACGAAUGCAACUGAUGAUAAAAUCUAUAUAUUACAACUUUGUAAAUAUUACCUGUUUAAAUGUAAAAAUUUAAAGACCAAGAAAAUAUAAUUAUUCCUUUUUUCAUGCAGGACGUAUAAUAUAAUCACUCGUAUUUAACUUUUAAAGAUAAACAUAUGCAAAUAUAUAUAUAAGUUCUAUAAUAUGAAUUGUUAUAAAUGAUACAAAGUAUAACAAUUAUAAUAAUCUUGAAAGAUUUUGUGUUAUAACGACGCUGAUUGAUAAUAUAUAAAAAAAGUAGACUGCAUAUUAUGUAUAAAAUAUCAAUGAAUUCAAUCGGUAUAAGUUUCUCUUUGAUGUUUUUUUUUUUUUUUAAGAAAUUAUCCAUUAUUAAAUUGCACAUUUGAAAUAUUUGAAUAUAUUAUUAUAUAUAUACAUAUAUAUAUAUAUAUAUAUAUAUAUAUAUAUAUAUAUAUGUAUAUAUAAUAUAAUAUAAGGAAUGAUCGUAUUACAUUUUGAGAUGUACAUAAGCGUAGAUUUUUUAAACGUAAUUUGUUUACCUAUACAUUACAAUUAUUUUUUAAAAUUAUAUAAUCUCUAAUAUAAGAAUUAGAUUAAAUCUCAAACACGAAAGUGAUUAUUGUUGAUCACUAUAAUUGAUAUUAUAUAUUUUAUUAUACGUUAUAGAGAGAAGAAAAAAGAAAAGAUAAAUUUUCAUAAAUUGGCAGGCGAAGUUAUUAGUUGAGUUUAUUAAAAUAUUAAAAUGAAUCUUUUAGUACGAAUGGAAGAGAGGAAAAAAGUUGUAAAAAGCCAUGUAAAUAAUUAUGUAGGAGAUUUUAUUACAUGCCAUCAGGAAAAAUUUAA